GGUCGGCGUCCCGUAGGGCGCCCUCCCGCGCUAGGCCGGCCGGCGUGGCGCUCGGCGCCGAACAGGCCCCGAGGAGGCCGCAGUUAGGCCUGGGAAUAAUUCGGCCGCCCUGAGAGGAUGCGGAGGAGCUGUGACUAAUGAGAAUUAAAGGCCAUGGAUGAAGAUGAAUUUGAAUUGCAGCCACAAGAGCCAAACUCAUUUUUUGAUGGAAUAGGAGCUGAUGCUACACACAUGGAUGGUGAUCAGAUUGUUGUGGAAGUACAAGAAGCAGUUUUUGUUUCUAAUAUUGUGGAUUCAGACAUAACUGUGCAUAACUUUGUUCCUGAUGACCCAGACUCAGUUGUAAUCCAAGAUGUUAUUGAAGAUGUUGUCAUAGAGGAGGAUGUUCAGUGCUCAGAUAUCUUAGAAGAGGCAGAUGUAUCUGAAAAUGUCAUCAUUCCUGAGCAAGUGCUGGACUCAGAUGUAACUGAAGAAGUUUCUUUACCACACUGCACAGUCCCAGAUGAUGUUUUAGCUUCUGACAUUACUUCAGCCUCAAUGUCUAUGCCAGAACAUGUUUUAACGAGUGAAUCCAUGCAUGUGUGUGACAUUGGACAUGUUGAACAUGUGGUCCAUGAUAGUGUAGUGGAAGCAGAAAUCAUUACUGAUCCUCUGACCAGUGACGUAGUUUCAGAAGAAGUGUUGGUAGCAGACUGUGCCCCUGAAGCAAUCAUAGAUGCCAGCGGGAUCUCAGUGGACCAGCAAGAUAAUGACAAAGCCAACUGUGAGGACUACCUAAUGAUUUCGUUGGAUGAUGCUGGCAAAAUAGAACAUGAUGGUUCCACUGGAGUGACCAUCGAUGCAGAAUCAGAAAUGGAUCCUUGUAAAGUGGAUGGCACUUGUCCUGAAGUCAUCAAGGUAUACAUUUUUAAAGCUGACCCUGGAGAAGAUGACUUAGGUGGAACUGUAGACAUUGUGGAGAGUGAGCCUGAAAAUGAUCAUGGAGUUGAACUACUUGAUCAGAACAGCAGUAUUCGUGUUCCCAGGGAAAAGAUGGUUUAUAUGACUGUCAAUGACUCUCAACAAGAAGAUGAAGAUUUAAAUGUUGCUGAAAUUGCUGAUGAAGUUUAUAUGGAAGUGAUCGUAGGAGAGGAGGAUGCUGCUGUUGCAGCAGCAGCAGCUGCUGUGCAUGAGCAGCAAAUUGAUGAGGAUGAAAUGAAAACCUUCGUGCCAAUUGCAUGGGCAGCAGCUUAUGGUAAUAAUUCUGAUGGAAUUGAAAACCGGAAUGGCACUGCAAGUGCUCUCUUGCACGUAGAUGAGUCUACUGGCCUUGGCAGACUGGCUAAACAAAAACCAAAGAAAAAGAGAAGACCUGAUUCCAGGCAGUACCAAACAGCAAUAAUUAUUGGCCCUGAUGGUCAUCCUUUGACUGUCUAUCCUUGCAUGAUUUGUGGGAAGAAGUUUAAGUCGAGAGGUUUUUUGAAAAGACACAUGAAAAACCAUCCCGAACACCUUGCCAAGAAGAAGUACCACUGUACUGACUGUGAUUACACUACCAACAAGAAGAUAAGUUUACAUAACCACCUGGAGAGCCACAAGCUGACCAGCAAGGCAGAGAAGGCCAUUCAAUGUGAUGAGUGUGGGAAGCAUUUUUCUCAUGCGGGGGCUUUGUUUACUCACAAAAUGGUGCACAAGGAAAAAGGGGCCAACAAAAUGCACAAGUGUAAAUUCUGUGAAUAUGAGACAGCUGAACAGGGGUUAUUGAAUCGCCACCUCUUGGCAGUCCACAGCAAGAACUUUCCUCAUAUUUGUGUGGAGUGUGGUAAAGGUUUCCGACACCCAUCGGAACUCAAAAAGCACAUGCGAAUCCAUACAGGGGAGAAGCCAUACCAAUGCCAGUACUGCGAAUAUAGGUCUGCAGACUCUUCCAACUUGAAAACACAUAUAAAAACAAAGCAUAGUAAAGAGAUGCCAUUCAAGUGUGAUAUUUGUCUUCUGACUUUCUCAGAUACCAAAGAAGUGCAGCAGCAUACUCUUGUCCACCAAGAAAACAAAACACACCAGUGUUUGCAUUGUGACCACAAGAGUUCAAACUCAAGUGAUUUGAAACGACACGUAAUUUCAGUUCAUACAAAAGACUAUCCUCAUAAGUGUGAGAUGUGCGAGAAAGGCUUUCACAGGCCUUCAGAACUCAAGAAGCAUGUGGCUGUCCACAAAGGUAAAAAAAUGCACCAAUGUAGACAUUGUGACUUUAAGAUUGCAGACCCAUUUGUUCUAAGUCGCCAUAUUCUCUCAGUUCACACAAAGGAUCUUCCAUUUAGGUGUAAGAGAUGUAGAAAGGGAUUUAGGCAACAAAAUGAGCUUAAAAAGCAUAUGAAGACACACAGUGGCAGGAAAGUAUAUCAGUGUGAGUACUGUGAGUAUAGCACUACGGAUGCCUCAGGCUUUAAACGGCACGUCAUUUCCAUUCAUACAAAAGACUAUCCUCAUCGGUGUGAGUACUGCAAGAAAGGCUUCCGAAGACCUUCAGAGAAGAACCAGCACAUAAUGCGACAUCAUAAAGAAGUUGGCCUGCCCUAACAUUGUGUCUACAAGCUUGUAAAGAUGUUGGCCUUGAAGCAGAAAAUUCGUUUUUUAAAGCCAGUCUUGUUCACAUCCAUUACUAUACAUUGAAUUAUGCUGUGUAAAAAUAGAAUUAUCGCUUCUAGUCCACUUUUCUUUACAUUUUAUUCAAUAGGGUGUCCUGAAUCCUAUUCAGUUUCUUUAAUAGAUGAGAAAAAUAGCAACAAGCAAGUUGCUUAUAAUUUGUGAUUCUAUACUGAAUUUUCAGUCUUAAAAGCUUUACUAUUUAUUUACAUAUUUAUUCAUGUUGAUGGUACUCUUCUAAGACAAAAUCAGAUUGAUAACUACAAAAGUAACAUUUUUGACCCAUUUCUUCCUACACAAACGUUUCACAUUGGAGACAUCUGCUAACAUAAAUGGGAGAUUUUACUGUCAAGUCCAGUUAGCAAAACAUAAUAAUUUUUUUGUCUUGCUUAAUAUUACAUGAUGAUGAAAUUUUACAUUUGAGCUUCUAGCAUUGAUUAAUAUAGGAUAUUGACUACAUUUAUGUUUAAAUUUCAUUUUGUUCAGCAGACAAAAUGUACUUCCUUUAAUUUUCAUUAAUAGUGUUUACAUCUUUUGUCAGCACAGCAAACUUUUAAAAAGUAUUAUUGAAAAGUUUUACUUAUUUUUGUCUUUUGUUUUCUCUUUGUACUGCUUUGUCUUGCAUUGUAUUCCAACACCCGAGACUUACUGCAUACUGACUUUUAGUCUUUUAGAGGUAAAUUGUGGACUCAGGAUUUUUUGAAACUUGGUGUGUAACUCUAAAUCUUGUAUAUGCAUCUUUGUUGCUUAUUACAUAUUUACACACACAAGCACAAAUUUUAAACUUAUGAAAAUUUACAGUAACCUGGAAGAUCCAGGGAUGCAUGAGAGCAUUUCAUAACUUACUAUUCAGAGUUACUAAAUUUGAGGUGAAGAAUUGAAAAGAAGGACAUUAGGAAGAGUGAAAAUCUUCUAAUACUCUUUGAUAGAUAAAAAUGGAAGGUAAGAUGUUUCUAGAUAGAAUGUUUUCUUACAAUUUCAGCUUCAUAUCAUAAAUUUUUCCUGGAAAGCUAUUUCAGACAUAGGUUUCUUAGUUUUUGAGAAUCCUGUGAAGGAACUCUUGUCUCACUGCAAAGUAAAGAGGACUAAGGGAAAGUGGUGGUACCAUGUAACAGAAUGAGAGCUAAUUCCAAAUUAGCAACUUUAUCCUGCUUUUUAUUUUACACUGAGUAAAGUUUUAAAAAGACAACAGUUAAGUUGAUUUUGAUUAGAAGAUAAACAUACGUAAUGAAAAUCCGUGGCCUUAUUUGGAACAUAUAUCACUUUCCAAAUUUUAUUGUUUGAGAGUUAAUAAGUUAUUAAGCAGUUAAUAACAUGUAUGGAUAUAAUAUAAAAUGAAUUCAUAUAAUUAAAAAGAAUUUGGUUAAUAAGAAUUUUGGAGAAUGGAAAAUGCAUUUUUAGGUUCCUUAAUUUGGCUGUUGGUACCUAUGUAUUUGGAAUAUUUUCGGGGAUUAGAAUUUUUUUUAAACCACAUUACAGCUACCUUCUGGCUUUAGUAUGGUGGUGCUUCAUUCAACUUACGCUGUCAGGUUUUUAUUUUCUCCUUCUGGGCCACCAAUUCAAAAGUUACAGGAUUAGGAAAUAUAAAUAUUUGGUGAUUGACAGCCUCUGACAUGUUAGAUUAAUUUGAUCUAGUUCUGAAGUGGUUUAGUAAUACAUGAAUUUAAACCUAGUACCAACCAAAACCAUAUAAUGGAUUUUGAAAAUCUGUUAGGACUUCUUAGCCCUCAUACAUGUUUCUACCUGAUUGUUACUGUCCUUCAUUAUCUUGUUCUUGAUAACUUCAGUUUGUAUUUGAGAAUCCUUUAAAUCUCCUUCCAAUUUGUUUUCUCCCUGAAGUAAUAUAAAAGGAAGUAUUUAAGUGAAAGUUUAAGAGUUUUAAAGCACUCCUUAAAAUUAAUAGUUAGCUAUUUAUAUUUUAAAAAUAAACAGAAAGGUAAAGAACAACACUUUACAUACUUCAUGUUUUUCAUAUAGUCUGGAGUUAUACACAGUUGUUUUGUUUUUAACCACAGUAUUGAAACCUUUAAAAGGUAAUUAAGCAUUUGGUCAAGUAAAUAUGAUAGAACGUUUGUAUAAAGACAGAAACGAAAUUGUGCUUAAUGUUAUAUACUGUUAUUAUUUGCAGGCUGGUUUUAAUUCUUAAUUUGAUUAGCAAAGCUAAAAAAGUGGAUGUUGAAGUUGAAAGUUUUAAAGAGGUACAAAAUCUUACAAUGACAUAAAUUAUUGUUUGGUUGAAAAAUAGUGUAUUAAAUAUUGUAUGUCCCUUCCACUGUACAAAUUGUAAAAUACUUAAAAUACUAUGGAGAAUUCAUGUAGGAAGUGUGAUACUGUUGUAAAUGUGUACUUGAGAAUAAUAUGCAAAAAUAAAAAUAAUAUUUUGCUGUUAAUAAAUGUUUACUUGUAUAUGAUACCAAUA